GAAAUUCGAAGUUGUAUGGAACAAAUGUGCAAUGCCUGGGAGGUUAAAGUGUCAAAAUUAGAAGAAGAAAACAAGAGAUUCCAAGAACAGCUCAAUUUUAGUGGCCAAAGUUCUGGAAUAAUUGUUAGUCAAGAAAUUCAACAAAUGGUUCAUGAAGAAGGAUUAACGGACAUUGUCGACCUCAGUGUCAUCGAGCAAUUUGCUUAUAUGCUCGAUGAGAGGACUAGAUUACGAACUAAACUUGAACAAGAGAUUGCUGCACGCAGAAAAUGCGAGCAACUUGUUCGCAUUUCGUCCAAUCUCCCAGACUGUUUAAAACUGAGUUCUCCUUAUAUUCAGCGGAUAUUGGAUCGCCAAAAAGAUGAAUAUGAGGAAGAAAUCAGGCAUCAACAAGAAGCCAUGAAGCAUGUAAAGGAGCAGCUAAAGCAAGUUCAUGAAGAUGAGCUACAAAGGCUGAAAUCUGAAAAUGACAACUUAAAUUCAGAGCUUAGUAAAAUUAGCCAAAAAUUGCAAGAACUAGUCACACAUAUAGCAAAUAAUUCUGAAAAAGAUAUCAGUGGCCUGCCCUGGGUUCAGAGCAUCUUGGAUGGUUCACAUGAAAGAGAGAUGAACAAACUCAGGGAUGAAGUGGAUAAGCUGAAGUCAUUGUGCCAAGAUCAACAGAAGCAAAUCCGUGAACAGUGUGAAACUGUACGUCUUCUUGAGAGAACUAAUAAGCAGCUUGAAAUAGAUAAUGAAACUCUGGCAUUUAAGUUAUCAGAGGCUCUUGCUCAGUUUGACGAAUUAGAAGACCAACUGAGGCGCGAGGCUACUCGUGCUAGAAGAGAAUCUCUGUUUAAGCAGUUGGCUGCCAAAGAUUCAACAAAUGUUAAGAAUAACAUAAAUAAGAUUUUAGAUAACAGACCUAAUGGCCAGGAUUCAGCAUUUGGGGAUCAGGUGAAGCAGUUAAAAGAAGAAUCCACAAACUUGAAGGAACAAUUAGAGUCUGUGCAGAAGCAACUUGAAUAUAUGCAAUUGAAAUACCAGCAACACAAAGAAAGGUACAGGGAAAAAAUGUACAGGCUAAGGGAAGUCCAAGAUCAAGAGCACAGAGAAUGGAAAGAACGCUUUGAAAAUUGUGAAAAAGAACUUUCAAUAUUGAGAGAAAUGCUGGCUAGAGAACAGGAAUGGCGAGUUCAAGUUGAAGCAGACUGCAGAAAGUUAAAAAAUGAUAAUCAACAGUUAAAAAGCGGAAUGGUUGAAAAAGAGAAAUCUGAACGAGAGAAAAAUUACGAUGUUUCUGCCCUCCAGAGAGAAGUGGAAAAAGUGAAAGCUUCUGCAACCCGUCCUCAAAGUACAACUGGAUCGCCAUCACGUAGGCAUAGUGUAUGGCCUGUUAUAUCUACUCCAAAGAAAUGGUGAAAAAUAGAUUGACUGUGAAGUUCACAGAUAUUGAAUUCGUUAUUUGCAUCAAUUUCAACCAUCUUGCUGUUUUAAGUAAAACUCAUAAUUUUAAAGAUUGUUUAGUUGUAAGAUUUUCAUACCAUUUAUAAGUAAAAUAUCCAACCUUUUUUACACUAAGUUUUGUCACCUCAACAGCAUUGUUGAUUUUCCUGUUGUAAAGCGUUUAACUGCUUAGUUGCGAUGUGAAAGUUGAUGUUUAAAACUCUGAAAGAGAAAUUUACACUAUAAAAUAUUGUGUGGGGACAUUGAAAUAUCCCCACACAAAAAUUAGUUAAUUAAAUAAGAACUAAGUCACGAAUAACCAAAUUACUAUAACCAAAGAUGAGUUAUUUGAGUUACAUGUCUUUUUAAAAACUUUUAACUAAGAAGAUUAAAAUAAUUAUGCUGAGUAGAAUGCAUGUUUUGCUUCUAUAAUGAAAUGGGAAUACUGUAUAAGCAAUUUCAUAUUCUAAAUUAAAUAUGAGUUCUUAAGGCUAUUGCAACUUUGCUUUUAAUCGAAAGACAAUAUAAGUUUAAAAGUUCAAUAAAACUUAAUAUCACCCAAAACAAACAAUAAAACUGUUUUUAAACAUUCUGAAAUUAACAAAAAGUAUAAAACCAUUAAAUAUGAUGUUUUUCAUUCUUAUGUAAUAUUGUUUUUCUUUAUCUUUUUGCUUUGUGCUUAAGAAAGUAUAUUUCAUUAAAUAUUUUGGUUAUUUCAGAUAAAACAGCGAGAUGCUUAUCUUGAUGUAAAAUUCUCAAAUUUCAUUUUAAAUCAUAUAGUUAUUCAUUGUUUGUGGAAAAAGGAUUCAAUUUAGGAUUAGGUGUUUUUAAAUAUGACAAAGCUUCUAGGAGAGAAUUUUCAAAUCUCAUUUUUUCAUGUUAGCAAUUAUACCUGUACAUAUUAACUAUUACUGAAAAAAAAAAAGCAUUAAGAAGUGUAAUAAUAAAAAAAAGGAUUGCAUUCUUUAAUCAGAAAUUAUGUUCAAGAAAAUUAAAAAUAUUCAUACACGUAUUGUUGUGAAAUUUUAAAUGUGUGAUUUUCUUGAAUCAAGAUUUUAUUUGUUAAAAUUAUCUUUUCAAUAUUUUUUUUUCAGUAAAAUUGAUAUUUUGUUUUGUUUUUACUAUUUUUCUUGUUAUAUUUUGUUGUGAUCUACUCAUAUUGUUUCCUAUAUAUUCCAACAUUUUAUUUCUAUACUGUGCUAUAAUGCAAUUGUUGUGUUCAGCAUUUUCAUUUUAUGUAUUUAGUGAUUCUAAUUAUCUGACUAAAUGAAUAUGAUUUUUUGGGGGAAAUAAGACAUUUCUUUGAAUUUAUUUUGAAUUUGUUUCAUUUGUAAUAGUCAAAUAUUUCAAUCAGUUAAUUACACAUAUUAUAUUUAAUACCAAUUGUGUGUAGUUGAAAAAAUAUAAACUUAUGGGACUCUCUAAUCCUUUUUUCAGAAAAAUGUUUAUAAUAUAUAUUAUCUAUAUAAAUAUGACUAAUGAAAUUGCCUAUUUGCUAACACAAUGAUUAAAAAUAAAAUUCUGAAUCCCCCCCCCCUCCCCAUCCUAUUCUAAAUCGCAUCUCAAGAUUUUCCUCUCUUCAAGCUUAAUAACAGGUCAAAAAUUUGUUUAUAAAAAAUUAAAAAAAAAAAAAAAGAAUUAUUCUGUAAUAUGACCAGGUACGUUGCCACUGUAUAUAAGUCAUGCCAGUUCCUGUUUUUUCAUGUGAUUUUAACUAAUUUAUUGAUUUAUGUAGGUGACACAGUGCAAAAGGUUUUAGAAUUAGCUUAAUUGAUUAUUUUUAUGUUAAGUGUGUGAUAUAAUAUGAAGCUGCCUUAUAAAUAUAAAUGAUACUUUUUACACUUCUUCGUUUACUAGUUUAGUGCUGUAAAGAUUAAUACUAGAAUAGCAAUGAAAUUAUAUGCUCAUAUUUGCUCAUUUAAUUCUGUUCUGUGAUCAGUUAAGAGUGAUUGAGUUCUUCAGGGUGAUAUAUUUUUGCAAUUAUUUAUUUCCUUUUAAUUUAAACAAUUUGUCCCAUCAGAAAUUUUUAACUUUAUGUAUAUGACAGCAACUGUAUAACAUUAAAGCUUGGUUUGUUUUCUAAGAAAAUAAAUUUAUUGACCAGUGUAAAUAAAUAAAAAAUAUUAUUGCAGUUCUUUUGGAAAUGAAAAGUUUUUUUAGCACGUUAAUUGCAAGUAUGCUUUUGUUAAGUGUUGUGUUGUUGCUUUGUCUACUUAAUUCAGUUUAACAUCAAUGAAAUAUGUUCGAAAAUUUUAUAAAUACCAAAAUUUCUUCCAAGUAAAUGUUUCUUUUACUGUACCAAAGUAACUUUUUUUUUUUGGUUGAAGUGUGCAUUAACGGGGGAUUUGAAUUUUAAUAUAAAUCUUUAAUUAAAUAUCCUAUUUUGAGGUAUUAGGGAAACAGUUUUUAGAAUAAUAUAAAGCAUACCACUAUGUCUCUUUUUUCCCCUUCUAGUUUUCAACCAUAAUUUUUGAAAUGAAGUUUCAUUUGCUUCGUGUUUGUAUAAGGAAAUAUAAUUUAUAUUACCCUCUAUAUUAAUCUAGUCAUUUCAGACCAUUCAUAUCAUGUGUAUUAAAUGUGUAAUGUAUACUUAUAAGUUUUUAAUGUCAGCAUAUAUUUAUGUUUGAACAUUAUUAACAUGUUGUAAACAUUUUUAUUGAUUUUUGUGUAAAAUCAAAUUGUCCAUCCAUAGUAAGAGACAUGUAAAUAUUAAAAAUGUAGGACAAAAACUUUCAUUUUUUAAAACACUGAUAUUUGUAUAAUUUGAUUUUGUUGUUGAAAGUUUGUUAUGCUGAUGAUGUGCAGAAUUAAUGAUGUAUCAUCUAAUUUUAUGUUGGAAUGCACCAAAAAUUUAUACUAUGCUUCAUUCCAACUGGACUUAUUUAAUCUAGUCAAAAUCAGAAUAUCAUUUUUAUGUAUAUUAUUUAUAUUUGAGGAUGUCACUGUUAAGAACUGCACUGUUUUUAUGUUACUUAUAUUUUGUGAUCAUGUUUUUAUGGAUAUUUUAUCAUAUGUUUACAUGAGAGAAAGCAAAUGCAUUCCUAGUUGCUCAAUAA